AUGCAUUUCAACUUCUUCCUCACCUUUCUCAUGGCCGGCUUCCUGACCGUGGUCACGUCCUCCGCCAUCCAGAAACGCUCCAUCCAGAAACGCUCCUUCACCGUCGAGCGUGUAGCCAACCCCGGCUUCACGGGUCGCAACGGGCCCAGGGCGCUGGCCAAGGCGUACCGCAAGUACCGCAUGCCGCUUCCCCGAGACCUGGUCGAUGCCCUCGAGUUCCAGGAAUUCCAGAAGCGGUCCCUGGCGGCGGAGCAGCAGCAGGUGCACGAGAGCAGCCGGGGCGAGUCCGCAGAGGAGAAGCGUGACUUCAUGAGCAGCAUCGGCGGCAGGGUGUCCUUGGCCGGGACUAUCAAGGACGGCAAGGAGGCCAGCAGCAAGGAGGCCAGCAGGAAGGAGGCCAGCAGCAAGGUGGUCAGCAGCAAGGAUGCCUGCAGCAAGGAGGCCAGCAGGGAGGAGGCCAGCAGCAAGGAUGCCAGCAGCAAGGUGGCCAGCAGCAAGGAGGCCAGCAGGGAGGAGGCCAGCAGGGAGGAUGCCAGCAGCAAGGUGGCCAGCAACAAAGUGGCCAGCAACAAAGUGGCCAGCAGCAAGGAUGCCAGCAGCAAGGAUGCCAGCAGCAAGGCGGCCAGCAGCAAGGCGGCCAGCAGGGAGGAUGCCAGCAGCAAGGCGGCCAGCAGGGAGGAUGCCAGCAGCAAGGUGGUCAGCAACAAAGUGGCCAGCAGGGAGGAUGCCAGCAGCAAGGCGGCCAGCAGGGAGGAUGCCAGCAGCAAGGUGGUCAGCAACAAAGUGGCCAGCAGGGAGGAUGCCAGCAGCAAGGCGGCCAGCAGGGAGGAUGCCAGCAGCAAGGUGGUCAGCAACAAAGUGGCCAGCAGGGAGGAUGCCAGCAGCAAGGCGGCCAGCAGGGAGGAUGCCAGCAGCAAGGUGGCCAGCAACAAAGUGGCCAGCAACAAAGUGGCCAGCAACAAAGUGGCCAGCAACAAAGUGGCCAGCAACAAAGUGGCCAGCAGGGAGGAUGCCAGCAGCAAGGCGGCCAGCAGCAAGGCGGCCAGCAGGGAGGAUGCCAGCAGCAAGGUGGCCAGCAGCAAGGUGGCCAGCAACAAAGUGGCCAGCAGGGAGGAUGCCAGCAGCAAGGCGGCCAGCAGCAAGGAUGCCAGCAACAAGGAGGCCAGCAGCAAGGCGGCCAGCAGCAAGGAUGCCAGCAACAAGGAGGCCAGCAGGGGACGAACCAAACCGGCGGCGGCAACAAUCAGGCUGGAUCCACGGCCGCCCAUUGGCGGCCAGAUGAUCAACCUCGACUUCGACACGGGUUCGUCGGACCUUUGGGUCUUCAACACGCAGCUCCCCCAGCAGUCGACGGUCAACCACCGGCUGUACGACCCGGCCAAGAGUCGGACUUUUUCCGCCAUGCAGGGGUCCCAGUUCCUGAUCCAGUACGGCGACGGCUCCGGAGCCAAGGGCAACCCGGUGCAGCUGGCCACCGCGGUGACGGGGCAAUUUGUGCAAGACCAGAACAACGACGGACUCAUGGGCCUGGCCUUUUCCAAACUCAACACGGUCAAGCCGCAGAAGCAGAUGACCUUUUUCGACACUAUCAAGAGCUCGCUCGCCAUGCCCGUCUUCACCGCCGACCUACGCAAGAACGCAACGGGCGUCUAUACCUUUGGCAGCAUUGACCAGAGCAAGUUCCAGGGCCAACUCACCUCCAUCCCCGUCAACACCUCCAUGGGCUUCUGGCAGUUCUCCAGCGAGAAGUUUGCCGUCAAUGGCGGCCAGCAGCAGGCGGCUACCCCUGGAGGCCAGGCCAUUGCCGACACGGGCACCACGCUCAUCCUCGCCGACGCCAAAAUCGUCAAUGGCUACUACCAGCAAGUCCAGGGCGCGCAGAACAACUCGCAGAUGGGUGGCUUCACUGUCCCCUGCAACGCGAAGCUCCCGGACCUGGACCUCGACGUCGGCGGCAACUACAUGGCGCGCGUUACCGGCGACAACAUCAACUUUGCACCUGUAGGAAACGGCCAAUGCUUCGGUGGUGUCCAAGCCGCGCCUGCCGGUACCAUGGGCAUCUAUGGCGACAUCUUCUUCAAGUCGCAGUUCGUCGUAUUCAACGGCGGUAACAACACCCUGUCCAUGGCGCCACAUUCGUGA